CUUCUCGUGUGUUGUCUAGUGGCUGCUGAAUAAAAUAUCCUACCAACUCCUUGUGUUGUUCGAAAUCGUGCGUGCGUGCGUGCUUUCGUUCGUUCUUGAGUGACAAAUAUCUAGUGUGUGGAGGGCUGUUGUGGGGGUGUCCAACCUGUUGAAUGCGGGCUGUGUGUGCAGAAACCACGCACGCACUCUUCUCUGUGGCUUUGUGACUUCCGGAAGUGCUUUCGGUCAAGACAAGUGGACGACCGACGACGGUUUUCCGGACUCGGCCAAGUGUGACAAAUGCUGGUUCAGUGAUUUCAAGUGCAGAUUUUUUUUUUGCUUCAUUCACAGUUCAAUUUUAUUGCAGCAGUGGCGGGAAAACAUUUUUUAAUUUUUCUGAUUCAAGUGUGCUGUUCACAACCUUAAGUGGAUUUGUUUUAAAACAAUUUAAAUUUGAAGUGUCAUUUUGAGUUCAGUUGUUAAUAAGGUUUAAUCUAAGCUUCCUCCUAACGAAAUUCGGAAUGGGCUCUAACAAGUUUGAGGCACCGCCUGUCACCGAAAUGCAGGCCCCACAGUUCAAGGAGUUUGCCAAGGAGAUGGUGGACUACAUUUCCAACUACCUGGAGAACAUUCGUGACAGACGUGUUCUGCCGGAGGUCCAGCCAGGCUACCUGAAGCCGCUGAUCCCCUCGGAGGCUCCCCAGCAACCGGAAAGCUGGCAGGAUGUGAUGGCCGACAUCGAGCGGGUCAUCAUGCCCGGUGUGACACACUGGCACAGCCCGAAGUUCCACGCGUACUUCCCAACGGCCAACUCGUACCCAGCCAUCGUGGCCGAUAUGCUGAGUGGAGCGAUCGCCUGUAUCGGUUUCACCUGGAUUGCUAGCCCUGCCUGUACCGAGCUGGAGGUCGAGAUGUUGAACUGGUUGGGCAAAAUGUUGGGACUGCCGGAAGAGUUCCUGGCCAGCUCCGGGGGCCAAGCCGGAGGAGUCAUCCAGGGAACGGCCAGUGAGGCAACGCUGGUGGCGUUGCUCGGAGCCAAGGCCAAGGCUAUCAAGCGCGCUCAGGAGGAACAUCCGGACUGGGAGGAGUCCCAAAUCGUUGCCAAGCUGGUGGCGUACACUUCCAAUCAAUCCCACUCCUCGGUGGAACGUGCCGGUCUGCUGGGAGGCGUCAAGAUCCGUUCGCUGAAGGCCGAUUCCAAUCUGCAGCUGCGCGGAGACACUCUGGAACAGGCCAUCAAGCAGGAUCUGGCCGACGGGCUGAUUCCGUUCUACGCCGUGUGCACCCUGGGAACGACCAACACGUGCGCCUUCGAUCGCCUGGACGAGCUGGGCCCGGUCGGCAACAAGAACAACGUUUGGAUCCACGUGGACGCUGCCUACGCGGGAUCGGCUUUCGUGUGCCCGGAGUAUCGCCACUACAUGAACGGUAUCGAGACGGCCGAUUCGUUCAACUUCAACCCGCACAAGUGGAUGCUGGUCAACUUCGACUGCAGUGCCAUGUGGCUCAAGGAACCGUACUGGAUCGUGAAUGCUUUCAAUGUGGAUCCACUGUAUCUGAAGCACGAUAUGCAGGGAUCGGCCCCGGACUACCGUCACUGGCAGAUUCCAUUGGGUCGUCGUUUCCGUGCCCUGAAGUUAUGGUUCGUUCUGCGACUGUACGGAGUCGAAAACAUUCAGGCUCAUAUUCGUCGUCAUUGCGCUUUUGCUAAGCAAUUUGAGUCGCUCUGCGUGGCUGACAGUCGGUUCGAAAUUUUCACCACCGUCCAGAUGGGGUUGGUUUGCUUUAAGCUGAAGGGAACCAACGAAUUGAACGAAGCUCUGCUGAAACGCAUCAAUGGACGGGGCAAGAUCCACAUGGUCCCAUCCAAAGUCAACGAUGUGUACUUUUUGCGAAUGGCCGUCUGUUCUCGGUUUACCGAAGCAUCCGACAUGGAUUACUCCUGGAAGGAAGUGGCUGCCGCUGCCGAUGAGCUGUUGGCCGAAAAGAAGUAAACUUGUCAUUGUUCCUGGCAUUCUCAUACGCAUACCCUAUCGAGCAAACGGAUAAUCUCUCUACAAAGAAAAAACUGUUGUUAGUGAAAUGUAACAAGAAGCUAUACGAUUCAAUCAUACACGUUACUAUUGUAUUUUAGAAGGAAAACAUAGCAUUAUAACUGUAAAAUCUAAUCUCAAAAGGCGGGACCAUGCAAAGUAAAGAAAAAGUAACCAUCAUUCGAUGUAAAUAAGUAAUAAUGCUUCAGUGGAAAACCAACUAGCAAUAAUCGUAUUCUCAUUGUUAUGUUUGAAAAUGUCCCUUGAUGUUGGUUGAUUAUUAACUGUGUAAAUUUUAAAUAAAGUAAUUUAUUCACUA